UCAUUUGCACAAGUCCCUCCACACACACACAAUCAAGACAAAAUUACGGGCAGAAAAAUGGCAGCAAUGGCUACUGACCUUCCUCAGCAACCGGUAGCAACUUCCGUGGAACCAUCUAACAUGAAUUCUGGCGUUAAAGUACUGGCUGAAUCUACUGAUCUUAAGUCUAUUCCUUCUGAAUUUUCGUUUGUGAAUGAACCCACAGGCUCAAAUUCUGAUUCAAUCCCAAUCAUUGAUUUCUCCUUACUCACCUCUGGAAAUCCUGAUCAAAGGUCCAAAGUCAUUCAAGAACUUGGCAAAGCUUGUGAAGAAUGGGGCUUUUUUGUGCUGGUAAAUCACGGAAUACAGGAAACCUUAAUGAAGGCAACAAUAGACAGGUCUUUGGAGUUCUUCGAUUUGCCAGAGGAGGAGAAGCGAAAGUAUGAAUCGAAGCAUGUUUCAGAUCCCAUCAAGUAUGGCAGAGGCAGUGUCAUAACUACUUCAGACAAGAAGAUUUUCCUCUGGAGGGAUUUUAUAAAAUCCUAUGUCCAUCCUGAAUUUCAUUGUCCUGAUAAACCUCAAAAUUUUAGGGAGAUUAUAUUUGAGUACGCUGAAAGAAGCCGAUUUGUAGCAAGGACAUUACUCCAAGGGAUAUCUGAAAACCUGGGACUGGAAGAAGGAUUUAUCGAAGAAGCCCUAAAGUUGGACUCAAUGUUUCAACUAUUUGCUGCAAAUUAUUAUCCACCUUGUCCUCAGCCAGAUCAAGCGAUUGGGCUCCCACCACAUACAGAUCAUGGUCUUUUGACCUUUUUGAUACACAAUGAAGUGGCUGGACUACAAAUACAACAUAAUGGGAAGUGGUUUAAUACAAAUUCACCUCAGAAUUCCAUUCUAGUUAACACUGCCGAUCAGCUUGAGAUAUUCAGCAAUGGGAGAUACACGAGUGUGAAGCACAGAGCUGUUGUGAAUAACCAAUCAACAAGAAUUUCUGUUGUUAUACCCAAUGGUCCAGCCCCAGAUGCCAUUGUUGGCCCAGCUUCACCAUUAGUACAAAGAGAUGGGCGUCCACUGUAUCGGCCAUUGAAAUACAUAGACUAUGUAGAAACACAGCUCAGUAAUCCAGUCGAUGGCAAAGUGAACUUGGAUUAUGCGAAGAUCCAAGACAACUAGAAUUCUGUCCUCUUCUCUUCUCUUGUACCAGUAUUGGUGUUCCUAUAUAUACUGGAUGUUGAAGAUCUAUAUAUGUGAAAAAUAAUGUAAUGUAGGACAAGUAGUGUGUAGCACUCCUCUAAAUGAUAGUGAAGCUAGUCAUGUUGUCUAAUGAAUAAAAAUGCAUCUCAACAUCAUUGGAUAAUAUGACUGUGGUUUCACUACCGUUUAAAUUAGUGUUAAACAUCACUUGUGCUCAAUAGCAUUACUCUUAUGAAAGAUAGAAAAGAUUAUUGUGAGUUAUUAUAUUUUAUAUGAUCCAAUAAUGUCGACUGA